AUUCAUUUAUCAAAUCAAGUAAUUACUGUCUGUGAUGUGCCACACACUGCUCUGUCUAGAUACACAGAAGUUCACAGAACAGCCUAAAGUCCCCAUAUCCGUGAAGAAUUGCAUUAUGCUUUAUUCUGUUUCUGGGUCAGUCUCUUCUGUUAAAUUUGGAGUUCCUGGAGGAAUGAGACAAGAUCUGACUCCUGUGACCCACACCCUGGCAAUUGCUUAAGCAAAACUUGAAUUUUGAAUUGAGUAAAUUACAGCCUCCCAUUUCCUUGGCUCACACCAUGCCCCCAUAUCCUGAUACAAGGAGUUGGAGGAGAGGUCACCAAACCCAGUAGCUGUCAUCACCCCUCAAAUCAAGACCCUGGGGUUCUGUAAAUUUAGGGCUCAUGAAGGGUAGGAGUCAGCCCCACCUUGUUCCUGCAGCUAGUAACUUGAACCACAUGUCUCAGGUAACAGCAGCAGCUUCUGCAUCAAUAAUUGAGAGCAAGUCCAGCCGGCCUCAGAGUUCUCUGGCCCUGAGGCCUCCCCCUCCUGUUCUAGGCUCUGAUCUUCCCCAAGCAGAAGUCUCCAGCACAGAGCCCGGGUAGGGACUAUGUCCCCCGCCAUCGCACUGGCCUUCCUGCCACUGGUGGUGACAUUGCUGGUGCGGUACCGUCACUACUUCCGACUGCUGGUGCGUAUGGUCUUGCUGCGGAGCCUCCGAGACUGCCUGUCAGGGCUGCAGAUUGAGGAACGGGCCUUCAGCUAUGUGCUCACUCAUGCCCUGCCUGGAGACCCCAGUCAUAUCCUCACCACCCUGGACCAUUGGAGCAGCCACUGCGAGUACCUGGGCCACAUGGGGCCUGUCAAAGGUCAGAUCCUGAUGCGGCUGGUGGAGGAGAAGGCUCCUGCUUGCGUGCUGGAGCUGGGCACCCACUGUGGGUACUCCACGUUGCUUAUUGCCCGUGCCCUGCCCCCUGGGGGCCGCCUUCUCACUGUGGAGUGGAACCCACGCACCGCAGCAGUGGCUGAAAAACUCAUCCGCCUGGCUGGCUUCGACGAGCGCACGGUGGAGCUCAUCGUGAGUAGCUCAGAGGAGGUGAUCCCACACCUACGAACCCAGUACCAGCUGAGUCAGGUAGACUUGGUGCUCCUGGCACACCGGCCCCGACGUUACCUGCGAGACCUGCAGCUUUUGGAGGCCCAUGCCCUGCUGCCAGCUGGUGCCACUGUACUGGCUGACCACGCGCUGUUCCCUGGUGCACCCCGCUUCCUGCAGUAUGCCAAGAGCUGUGGCCGCUACCGCUGCCGCCUCCACCACACUGGCCUCCCAGACUUCCCUGCCAUCAAGGACGGCAUAGCCCAGCUCACCUAUGUAGGGCCUGGCUGAGGUCCAGGCCCAGGGGCACUUACUGCUGCCUCUCCACCCCCACCGAAGCAAGGACCUCAGAACAUCCAUUCUUCUCCCUGCUUGUGGCCUGACACAUGCUGGACUCAGGGCUGGGGAGGCUGUCCUCCAGCCUCUACCCCACUCCAGUUCUACACUGACCUGAGACAUCAAGUUCUAUCAGGAUGCUUGGUUCCAUUGCCCCCCUCCUUCCAGAGAGCCAUGGAUUGACAGGCAAGAGACCUGGGCUCCCAACCCAACUCUAUCACUGAUUUUCUGGGUGACUCCAAGGGAGUCCCUGUGCUGCCUGAAGAUUUAAUCUCUCUUAACACCAAGGAAGCUAGCUGGAAAAUCUGCAGGGGCCUCCUAGCUCUAGGCCUCAGAAGCCUUCCCUCCUCAGCCCAUGCAAUUCCAGUUAGGAUCAGAGGAAACAGUAAACAUUGAAUUAGAGGCUCUGAAGGAAUGGGUACAAGCUGAGCCAGAGAAAAUGGUAAUGGAGCCUGGGCCCAGGGCCAGGGCCACCUCUAGCCCUGGACAACAUGAUCCAGUAGGCUUGCCUGAAAUCCCUUGUAGGCCCUCUCCCUGAAGCUCAAGAGAAGAUGCUGGAUUCCUCUGGGCCCGACCAACAAUUAGGGAAUAGACACGGGGAAAAAAAUAAAAUCAUUCCUGUGUCUUUAUUAAA